GUAGAUUAUAAAUUAUUUUGGAGCUAACUUUAAAACAGCAAUACAAUGAAGAAGCAUCAAAAUAGGGUACUCAAAAAGCUAGUUGCUCGGACUGGGCCUAACUCUCCCGUAGGUAAUCGAAGCUCAAUCCAAAAGCAAAUUAGGAAGAGUAAAAUUAAAUUUGAGAAGCAAAAUUCUAAUUAUACAGUUUUCUCAAAUAACUCUGCUUUUGGGUCUUCAAGAGACAACAUUAACUUAAAGUCAUUAAGGAAUAAGAAGAAGAGCAUUAAUUCUCCAACCAAGAUCAACUUCCACCAAUAUGAAGAUGGAAUGGAUGCUCAGACAGGAUUACCUCAAUCCAACGAUGGAAGUUUUAUCUCAAUUAAAACCCCAAACCCGAGAGAUAUCAAAAAUUGGGAAAGCCACAUGGAUGAUUUUAAGACAAUCGACCGGCCUAAGAAAUCAAGACAUAGCAAAAAUCCUUCUAUUACUAGUGGAAAUACUCCAUAUAGCAUUUUUCUUAAUGUCCAGCCAAAUACUAGCAUAAGUAAAAAUAAGGAAAGUGCAUCGAAAGGAAAUAACUCCAAGCUGAAUGACCGCAAAAGCUUGAUUAAAUAAUAAGAGAAGGAUAUAAGAAAAUAGCAACCUUGUUCCUCCAAAUAUGUUCGCAACUGAUGCUUCAGGCAAACUUCCUGAUCUGAAAGCACACAAAGACAUCCAGAGAGGGCGAUCGGCAGCUAGAAAGAGGAGGUUGCUUUCUCCAAAUAUAGCUGCAUCAAGGAUGACCUCUAUUGAUUCCUUACGCUCUCCUCAACCUCCUAGAGGCAAGAGAAGCAGAAUUUUUUCAAGCAACCCUGCUCAAAACCCACGGAGGCCGAAGAUCAAGAAAUCAGGCCAGGUUCUCCACAAGAAUUCAAAGAAUCCUAAACUAAUUACAUUUGAUCUUUCUAAAGCAAAGGAUCUUCAGAAGAUGCGGAAGCUUGUAGGAAUGCAAGAGAGAAUAAAGAACGUCAAAUUAACACCUCUUAAAGGAGUUGUCAAGAAUAUACCUAACCCUAGAAGAAAGAAAAUUUCCAGAAAGAAAUUCAGUUCUACUUCAAAUAACACUUUCUAUAACAUGUCAAGCACUAAAUCUAGGAUAAGAGUCAAUUCAAUCAAGAAGGCUAUAAAAAGUAAACAGAAUAAGAUGAAGAUGGAAAAGAACAGGUCAGUCCUACAAGGAAAAACCCCACCAAAGCAGAAGAUGAGAGUCGAGGAACAGAAAUAUGAUGAUGAGAUUAAAGAUGAUUCUCUGUCCACUUCAAGUGUUUCUUCAAUAGAUGACUUCACGAAUGAUGGGUCGACUAACAACAUUCCUAAUAAAAUUAUUAUUGGGAAUACUAUGAACAAUACACCUUCACAAAGCAAAAGUGAUAUUUCUCAGAAAUAGCAUUCCUCGUUCAAAUGUGACAAAUGAAGAAAUCGCUGAAACCAGCAAGCCGAAGAAAUCAUUAACGAUGGCAGAUCGAGUUAAAAUACACCAGAUGAAUAACCUUGCUCCUGUACCAGAGCCGAGUUCUAAGAAAAUAGGCUCUUCCAGACCUUCCUUUGUUAAGACAAGGAAGAAAUCAAAACUAUCUCGAAUCAAAGAGAUGUCUCCAAAAAGCGCACUGAAAGAGGAGCUUUCCAAAUUAGGAAAAAUUCGGAAACUUCUGGUGAAAGCUAAUAAAAAAUAGGCCAAAGAGGAGGACGAAGUCCUCCAAAGCUGUGAAACUCGGGAAGCGAAACCGUCCAAAGCUAAGGAGAGAUAGUACUAUUAAAGAAGAAGAUCCUACUCCUUUGAAAGAGACCAUACCCAUGCCUAGGCAUUUACCCCAUACUCAUCAUAAUCGGCCAGGGCUUAAAUACAGUAUGACUCUGACUCAGAUCAACAACAUUUUCAACAUUGAUGAGCUAGAGGAUGAAGAAGAGAGUUCAAAUUCGAGCCCAUCCCAGAAACAGUCUGUGAGCGACACCAAGAGUAUUCCUCUUCGCAAGAAUAAUGAGGGCUCUGCAAGGAAGAAGAGGUCAAAGAUUCACUCCAUUACGAUUAAGAAAUAGACUUAGUGAAGAUUAUAGGUCCUUAAGCUAAAUUUUAGC